AGAAGCAGCGCACUUUGAAUGGAAAUACAAUCGCCUUGGCCUUUAUUGUGAAGGCUUGAACCGGAACUAGCCUCCUUUCGCGGGACUUUACGCCACAGAAACAAAUGCGGAAGUUUGUCUGAAGUCAAAAUCCUGCCGAGAAACUAACAAAGCGAAGAGACGAGUUGAACUCGCGGCUGGAAAACUUUCGCGGGGAAGCAGAAGGAACCUGAGCGCUGCAUCAUGACAGAUGUUUACUCCCCGACGACGACCGCCAACCCACAAACCUCGUGUCUCGUGGUCCCGUCGGACACCGUGGGAAAGGCCCGCUGUGGGAUCAAAGUGGUCCAAGUGCUGCUGUCCUUCGUGGCCUUCGUCCUGGAGGAGAAUGUCCUCCGAUGCUCCAGCUGCUUCGCUCUCUACUUCUUUGAGUUUGUGAGCUGUACGGCCUUCCUCUUCACCCUGCUGCUCCUCCUCCUCACCACCACCACCCUGCAGACCCGGGUGGGCAUCAAAUGCUGGCCCAAGCUGGACUUUGUGUACACCGGAGUCAUCACGGUGACGUUCUUUGUCUCCUCCGUCAUCUUUGCCACCGCCCACGGUGACUCCUCUGUAGAGAAAGCUGCCGUGGCGUUCGGGUUCUUGGCGUCGCUGAUGUUCUUCCUCGACAUCGGCCUCUUCUGGAAGAAAAAUGGUUUCCCCUUCCCUGGAAACAGGAAAUGUGAGACCGAUGCCGCGGAAACGGAAGCCCGCCCGGAGGCGGAGAAGCUCAACACGCUGCCCGACGGCGAAUAGACCCAAAUCCACACCGACCAUUUCACGCACUGUUCCUUUAAGGCGUGGGCAGGAGGCGGAGCUUCAGCGACCUGGGCUCCACUUUUAAAGUUCUUUCCUUUUCUGUUUUUUGUCCCGUCGGUGGUCGUCGUUCCACAGCUGACGUUGUCAAUAUAAUCAAUCUGUCAAUCAGCGCACAGCUGUCUGAUAAAGAUGAGCCUCUUUGAGAACGUAGAACCCUCGAGAACAGACGCUGAGAUUAUUUUGUAAAAGUUUAAUAACCCCUAUCAAUCAAAAACAUUUAUGGAUUCAUUGUCUUUUUAGUUCCUUUUUUAAAUUUAUGAAUUCAUUGUAUUUCUUUGUUUUUUUAACUAUUUUGACAUUUUUAUAACGCUUUUUAACCAAAAAGAAUUCCACAACAUUUCACAAAAUACUUUUUAGUCUACACUUAAUGAUGAUGAUGAUUAAAACUCAUAAAACUGUAUUUUUGUCAACCAUUAUUGUUAUUGUUGUAAAAGCCAAUAACUAAAGUAAAGAACUUGUAUUUCAGUGGGACCAGUGUUGUUGUUUGUAGUUUGCUGUCAGUUUUAUUGCAUUUCUCAGGCCACUGUGAUCCGUUAGCUGUGAUCCGUUAGCCGUUAGCCGUGAUCCGUUAGCCGUGAUCCGUUAGCCGUUAGCCGUGAUCCGUUAGCCGUGAUCCGUUAGCCGUGAUUCGUUAGCUGUGAUCCGUUAGCUGUGAUCCGUUAGCUUCGGGAACGGAGAAGCGUUCCUGUAUCUUUACUAUAAUAAUAAUAAUAAUUCUCAAAACGCUCAACGGGCCGGAUAGUUGCCCCACCCUUUGGUUUAGACCCUGAACACCUCACAAAGAACAGUCCGCAAAUAAAGUGUUUUAUUAAUUUGAAAAGAUAAUCUACACUAAACAAACACAAGUCAAAUAUAUCGAAACAGUCUUAUUCCAAAGUCUUUAUUUCCACCAGAUGUUAACGACGUGUCGCCUCUUUGCGUGACAUCACUUCCUGUUCAUCUCCACAUAUUUUCUUGUGUCCUUUUUGGUUAAUUUCUGAAAGCUGAGAUUUUUGUAUUUGAAUAUUCAUGUUUUGAUUUUAUUGUCCUAUUGUGUUUUUGUUUUUUAAAUUGAACGGUUUAUAAACCAUAGAUGCUGUUCUGUCAAUUUUAUUACAUUCUGAACAUAAAAAAUGGGGAAAUUA